AUGGCGCCUGCUGUUUUUGCUUUGGGUGGUGCAGCAUUUGAUGAAGGGCUUGUGUCACAGAGAAUGACAAUGAGAGCGGUGCCGUACGUCUUCCAAGCUUAUGCGGUUGAUGCCCCACAGGCGCAGGUCUUCCAAGGCCUAAUCAUGUUGCCCUGGGCGGUGAAACCCAUCCUCGGCCUGGGGAGCGAUUUGGUGCCUGUCAUGGGUUUUCGGAAGGGGCCUUAUAUGAUCACUGCCACUUUGCUGAGCAUUGGUGCCUUCACCUGCAUUAUCGGCAGCACCACCUCCCUGUCCGCCACAGUGAUGUGUAUCAUGCUCAUUGUGCUGCAGUUCAGGACCUGCGACUUGCUCUCGGAGGCACAAUAUGCCACGAAGAUUCAAGAGGUGCCCAAUGCAGGGCCAGAUUUGUUGAGCUGCUUAGCAGAAAGAGUCUGA